AUGAUAGGCGUGGCAGGGGACGUGGAGGUUGUGGUAGAGGACGAGGUGGUUGUUACAGUGGUGUUAGGGGACGAGGUGGUUGUAGUAGUAACGGGAAAGGAGGUGAUGGAGCUGAACCGUGGAUACCAGUGGAUGACCUCCAAGCUGACAUUCCACCAACAGCUAUCCCAUUCUGCUACAGGGUUUAUUCUCAAUAUAAUCCCGUACACUGGAGGUGAGACAAAGGACAUAUAUCUGUCAAAUUGUAACCCUGAACUCCCAAGCCUCACCCAGAUAGUGUUGGCUCUUGUUGAAAAUUAUCUUCACAAGGGUCAUCAUAUUUAUGCUGACCGGCUCUAUUCUAGUGUCCCUUUGGUUGAUGAGCUAGAGAGGUGUAACACUGGUUACACUGGGACAUUUGUUAGGACUCGGCAACAGCUUCCAAGUGUGGUAAGAGGCAAAAGUUUCAAAUUGAACAAGGGAGAAACUAAGGCGUGGAGAGAUGGAGAGAAAUUGGUGUUGGCAUGGAGGGACAAAGGGAAGCCGACAGUAAUGAUCUCCACUGUCUAUCAGGGGUCAAUGACGACAGUUCGAGGUCACCGUGGAGAAACCAGGGAGAAACCUCUGGUUGUUGACAAGUACAACCAGAGCAUGGGUGGAGUUGAUAUAGCUGAUCAGUAUGGAUGUUACUAUUCAUUUGAAGGAGGAGUAUCAAGUGGUGGAGGAAGCUCAUGUUCUGGUUGCUGGAGGUCAGCCUUGUGA